CAGAGAAAGAUGGAUUAAGAAUUUUUCGCUAUUUCCCACCUUUUUUCUAAAUACCACCUGUAGAAUGUAUCAGUAGCUAACCAAUAGCAAACCAUGGGUCUAGACUUGCAUAAAUGAGUUAUUAUAGGAGGUGGAAUAAGCGUGAAUAGGUUUUGGUUCCUCCCACAAAAUAAUGCUAUGUAUUAUCAGUAGAGAUGGGUAAUUAGCUAUGGCUGAUACCUGUUUUACAAAAAUAUAGGAGUAGCUUCAAUACUUGAAAUAUCUUACAGACCAUGCUCCCUUUCAGGGCCAUGGAGAAGAGACAUUCUAACCUUUAACUGGUGCCCUAGUUCUGUCCUGACCAUGAGUGAUUUGUCACCAUUUUGACCUGUACCAGUCCUUCUGCCCUGAUGCCUGCAUAACUACCACUGGAGUCAACGGGGAAGUUUGUAUGCACAAGGACUGCAGGAUCAGAUUUUAACUAGUUCCCAUGAAUACUGAAACAGAAGCACAUUCCCUUUUACUUCCUCUACAGUGUUGCUGGGUGGCUUUGCGUAAUGUCCCUUUCCAUUCCUUGGGAGGUUCUGCCAUACUGACUUCAGACUUAGAGAGCAAAAUAACAAGAGGUUCAUUUUUAUUCAAUUCCACAUCAGUAUGCUGCCUAACAAACAUGCUGUUUAUUUUGAUAUCACAGAUCCCUAUUGGCACAGAGAUCGAAGGGAUGAAUAUUCUGGGACUGGUUUUGUUUGCUCUGGUUUUGGGAGUAGCUUUGAAAAAGCUUGGCCCAGAAGGAGAAGAACUGAUUCGUUUCUUUAACUCAUUCAAUGAGGCAACUAUGGUCUUGGUGUCUUGGAUUAUGUGGUAUGUGCCUAUUGGCAUUACAUUCCUUGUUGGAAGCAAGAUUGUAGAAAUGGAAGAUAUUGUCCUUCUGGUAACCAGCCUGGGAAAAUACAUCUUUGCCUCAAUUCUGGGUCACGUCAUCCAUGGAGGAAUCAUUUUGCCGCUUAUAUAUUUUGCAUUCACACGCAAAAAUCCUUUCAGCUUUCUCUUAGGACUUAUAACACCAUUCGCAACAGCCUUUGCCACUUGUUCAAGCUCAGCUACUCUCCCAUCAAUGAUCAAGUGUAUUGAAGAAAACAAUGGAGUAGACAAGAGGAUCAGUAGGUUCAUCCUUCCUAUUGGGGCCACUGUGAACAUGGAUGGAGCUGCCAUAUUCCAGUGCGUGGCAGCUGUGUUUAUUGCUCAGCUGAAUAAUGUUGACCUCAAUGCUGGACAGAUCUUUACUAUUCUUGUGACUGCCACUGCAGCCAGCGUUGGAGCGGCUGGAGUCCCAGCUGGAGGAGUUCUUACCAUUGCUAUUAUCCUGGAGGCCAUUGGACUUCCCACCAACGAUGUAUCCUUGAUAUUAGCAGUGGACUGGAUUGUGGACCGAACUACCACUGUUGUGAACGUUGAAGGAGAUGCCCUGGGAGCAGGUAUCCUUCAUUAUCUGAAUCAAAAAGAAAAGACGGUGAAAGAGCAGGAGCUAAUUGAAGUCAAUGUAGAAGCGAUUCCCAACUGCAAAUCUGAAGGGGAAACAUCACCUCUGGUAACACACAGGAACCAAGUCCCCACCCCAGCCAGCACUGCGGAGCCAGAGUCAAAAGAAUCAGUACUGUGAACUCGGGAAAAACUUGCAAACAGGUGGACUGCUGCCUUGUUAACAUGCUAGACCAUUUGCACUGUUGUUAGGGACUAGCUGUGUGUUCACCUUUUGAGUUUCAGUGGCAAUGAUUUGAAGCUACAGACUUGUUAGGCGUAUGUCUGUCUAUCUCUCCCUGGAGAGAGCAAUCACUUCAUAAUGAUGUUAUGAUGUUUCCUACAACACAGGUAUGUGUGUGGUGUGUGUACAUGCAUACAUGUAUAUGACAACAGUACCAAUAAGGAUUCUUUUUGGGGGUUAAAAAGAUAUUUAUUAGUAAAAGUCCAUGGGGAGGGGAAAAGAGGCUAACAGAGAGGACAUACUGGUUGUAGAUGGAAUUUGCACCACAAACAGGUCUGAGAACUAGGGGAUCCCAAAUGGCAGGGUAAUGUUAUGCAGGAACCAGUACUUUCUCAGAAACACCUAUUUAAUAGUAUCAAGUGGGAAAAUAGAAAGUGCAUUUCUAACACACACACCCUCCUUGUCCUUUGUGCACACAUUACAGCAAAUAAAUACUGAAGACCAGUCAUUUUAAAAUCCAAAUUAAUAGCUCAGAGGAAUCUGAUCUUCAUUCUAUUGCCAGGCAACUUUAUCAAAACAUCCCCAGGAAGCAGACAUUGUGGCAGCGUUCGCUCUCUAUUCUCCUAGCUUUCGGUGACAGAAAUCAACCCCACAGCUUUAAACUCUAAAAUAACAAAGAUUGGAUGCAGACAAAAGAUCUGCUUUACUCCCUAUUUAAAACUGACAAACCAAUUUUAAGCCAGUUUUGGCAAAGUAAUUACACUUGGGCUGAGAACUUCUAUAGCAAGUUACAGUAUAACUGUGUCUACAAGAGAAUUGUCUAUAACAACACUGAGUGACAAAGACUUCAGCUCUACGCACCUAAACACACACGUGCAUCUACUGCCCCUCGAAACUGUUCAUGUUUCUUUAAUGGCUCAAGUCAGAUGUCCUGGGACACAUCCUUUUCCAAGCAACAUUUCUCAGACGAGAAAGGAAUCUCAAAACUCAAAAUGGGGAAACUGAUGAAAAAUCCAAAGCAUUAUCCCCUGGAUGGCCAGAGUAGGGACUACUGAUGGCAUGAGAGGGGAAGGCGUGAGGAGUCCAGUGAUUCCUGCUAAUCCUGCUGGCUCUUGGGACGGCUGUGCCUCCCCCUCUUUGUACGCUGCCCUGGUGUCCCUGUCCCUUCGAGCAGCAGAGCCAGCUUGACGGUUGUGCUGCUGUUAGACCCCUUGUCUGUAGCAGUUCACUCUUCUCGUGUCCGUUCUUACCACAGGAGGUGGAAGAAGCCAUAGGCCAGGACUUAAUGGUGCAAGUUUUAAUUCCUACAGGGUAUUCUGCCUGAAAUUGAACCAGCUGCUCCCUGACUUCUACACUGCCCCCACAGGGCCAGAGCCACGGCUCAUUGAAAGCAAUGGCCAGACUGCCACAGAGACAGGGCCCCAGAAUGAACACUGUUCAAAGGGUGGGGCUUCCCUUUCCUCACCCGUCAAUGCAAUGCAGAGCCCCGGCUCCUCUCCAUGUGAGCCUCCCAGGCGUGGUUAGCAUGAUUAUUGCUUGUGGAACAGAGGGGAGCAGUUGUGCUAUUGUUGGCUUGUCUCAGCAAUGAACGUUUACCCUGGGUAAAAAGCAGCAAUUCUCUCCCUUAGUCUUCCUUUACCAACUGCUACACAAGGUGUACACGGGGAUCACAGCCCACACCAAUGAAACGCAGCCACCUGUGAGGUGAAAUGAAUUGUGCACAGCAAUGCUACACACGUGCUUAAGAUAGGAAGCGAGGAAUGAGUCAGUCAGCUCUGAAACUGCACAUAGAAUUUAUUCCUUUGAUUUAAACCCAUGUUCAGAAAAAACGAGCACACGACACUCCUUGACUCGUUUUAAAAAGACAGUGGUAUAAAGAGACUCUGUGCUCACCACCCAGCACCUGACAGUAAUAUCACAAUCUUACAAUCCCCCGUAAGAUUCCUCCCAGUUCCUCUCAGCUCAGGAACACAAAAGGGACCUUACCGCCUGUCCUGAAGGUCAAUACACUAGGGAUAUUUUGGACCAACGUGGGGUACGACUCUUAGAUUGGCAGGCCCCUGACAGAAUACCCUGCCCCCUCUCUCUGGGGUGCCAACCCAGUUGUCCCUAUUCCACAGUCCCAACUGUGGCAGCAUAGCGUGUUCAUUAGGUCCCAGGCCAUUGAGGGCCUUAUAGGGCAAAGCGCAUAGUUCAGAUUCUACACAGGACCUAAUAGGUUGCCUGGGCCGAUCCAAAAGCACGGGUGUCAUGUGUUCCCCAUGGGACAUACCCUGUAACAAGCGAGCUGCGGAAUUCUGCACCAGCUUCAGUUUCUGGAUAGAUUUUAGAUGGCGCCUCAUAUAAAGCACAUUGUGUUAGUUACAUUGAGGGAGGUAGGCCAAUUACUGGAGUUGGAAUUUAACCAAGGCUAACACUCCUGCUUGUGCAAAAAAGUGCCAGAGGAUUUGUAUGGACCACAAGAUUGUUCAGGACCAUUCUUCUUAAAUGUUCAAGAAAUCUGGAAUCUUGCAGGUAGCAAAACUAUUUUAAGCUUGUAAAAUGAGCCAGUCCUUUCAUUAUUCUAAUGUAGCAAGAAACAUCCAAGAGAUUCCCUGGAAAAUCACUUUCUCAGUGCUAGUCAAACUACACAUGUCUUUUGAUAAUCCUUGUCAUAAGUAAUAUUUCUCAUUGUCUGCUCUUAUACAUGAUGUUACUUGCCUUAAACACUGUGCAGUCCUAUAUGAUGGCGUUGUCAUUUCUACUUGGGUGUUCCUUUUGUUUGUACUCUUUGAGUUGCAUGUACUAUGCAAAAUUGUAAUGGAUCCAAGGUUAUAGUAUCUUUAAUGCAAAUGAGAUUGUACAUUUUAGCAGCUGUCCUUGUUGUAACAUGGGGCCUGAUCGAAAACCCAAUUAAGUUGAUGAGAAACUUUCUGUUUACUUCACUUGACAUUAAAUCAGGUCCUUAAAAUAA